GCUUCCGUCCGUGGUCCUAGUAGAGUCUAGCAGAACCUGUCGGUUUCGGCCCUGGCGACAGCGAGCGUAAAGUGUUGCCUGAUUGGAAUUACUAUCGUGUUUCACCGUUUCCUCUGGGAAAGUACCAGAUUCUACCCUCUUUGCUGAACUUGGCUAUGAUGACCUGCAAUUGGAUGCGGCAAAUGAAACUUAUGAAAAUAAUUUUGAUAAUCUUGAUUUUGAUUUUGAUUUGAUGCCUUGGGAGACAGGCAUUUGGGACAUCAACAAUCAAUUCUGUACAGUUAAAGAUAUUAAGGCAGAACCUCAGCCACUUUCUCCAGCCUCCUCAAGUUGUUCAAUCUCAUCUCCUCAGUCAGUGGACUCUUAUUCUUCAACUCAGCAUGUUCCUGAGGAGUUGGAUUUGUCUUCUACUUCCCAGAUGUCUCCCUUUUCCUUAUAUGGUGAAAGCUUUAAUAGUCCCUCCUCAGCAGAGCCACUGAAGGAAGACAAGCCCAUCAUUAGUCCUAAGAGCAAAACUGAAAAUGGACUGACUCCAAAGAAAAAAAUUCAGAUGAGUUCAAAACCUUCAAUUCAGCCCAAGCCUUUAUUACUUCCAGCAGCACCCAAGACUCAAACAAACCCCAGCGUUCCAGCAAAAACCAUCAUUAUUCAAACACUACCAACACUUAUGCCAUUGGCGAAGCAGCAACCAAUUAUCAGUAUACAUCCUGCACCCACUAAAGGUCAGACCGUGGUGCUCUCUCAGCCUACCAUGGUACAACUCCAGGCACCUGGAGUUCUGUCCCCUCCUCAACCAGUCCUCGCUGUCGCUGGGGCAACCACACAGCUACCUAAUCACGUGGUGAAUGUGGUACCAGCCCCAGUGACAAAUAGCCCAGUGAAUGGAAAACUUUCUGUGACUAAACCUGUCCUACAAAGUACCAUGAGAAGUGUGGGUUCAGAUGUUGCUGUGCUAAGGAGACAGCAACGUAUGAUAAAAAAUCGAGAGUCAGCUUGUCAGUCCCGCAAGAAGAAGAAAGAAUACAUGCUAGGGUUAGAGGCAAGGUUAAAGGCUGCCCUUCUGGAGAAUGAGAAGCUGAAGAAAGAGAACGGAUCCCUGAAGCGGCAGCUGGAUGAAGUUGUAUCAGAGAACCAGAGGCUUAAAGUUCCCAGUCCGAAGCGAAGAGCUAUCUGUGUGAUGAUAGUUCUGGCAUUUGUAAUACUGAACUAUGGACCCAUGAGUAUGUUGGAACGAGAUUCCAGGAGAAUGAAUCCUGGUGUGAACCCUACAAAUCAAAGGAGGCAUCUUCUAGGAUUUUCUGCUAAAGAGGAGCAAGACACAUCAGAUGGUAUCAUCCAGAAAAACAGCUACAGAUAUGAUCAUUCUGUUUCAAAUGACAAAGCCCUGAUGGUGCUAACUGAAAAACCACUACUCUAUAUUCCUCCACCUCCCUGUCAGCCCCUGAUUAACACAACAGAAUCUCUCAGGUUAAAUCAUGAACUUCGAGGGUGGGUUCAUAGACACGAAGUGGAAAGGACCAAGUCGAGAAGAACGACGAAUAAUCAACAGAAAACCCGUAUUCUUCAGGGUGCUCUGGAACAGGGCUCAAAUUCUCAGCUCAUGGCUGUCCAAUACACAGAAACCACUAGUAUCAGCAGGAACUCAGGGAGUGAGCUACAGGUGUAUUAUGCUUCACCCAGAAGUUAUCAAGACUUUUUUGAAGCCAUCCGCAGAAGGGGAGACACGUUUUAUGUUGUGUCGUUUCGAAGGGAUCACCUGCUGCUACCAGCUACCACCCAUAACAAGACUACAAGACCAAAGAUGUCAAUUGUAUUACCAGCAAUAAACAUAAAUGAGAAUGUGAUCAACGGGCAGGAUUACGAAGUGAUGAUGCAGAUUGACUGUCAGGUGAUGGACACCAGGAUCCUCCACAUCAAAAGCUCGUCAGUUCCUCCUUACCUCCGAGAUCAGCAGAGGAAUCAAACCAACACCUUCUUUGGUUCCCCUCCAGCAGCCACAGAGGCAGCCCACGUUGUCAGCACCAUCCCUGAGUCACUACAAUAGUACCCAGGGGCUACAAGGGAAAACUAAGGAUGGGACCCUGCCAGACCGGUGAGUGGAUGAGAGAAAUGCUUCUUUCUGCCUUGGUGGCAAGCAGAGAACUGCCUCAUAAUAGAAUUCAAGAGAUAGAAGAGAAAAAAAGAAGCUGCUCUAUUUUUCACCAUCUGCCCGUCUACUUGGAAAGCACUGGAACUCAGACACAAGGGGAGCAGCAUAUCUCCACAGGCACGUGUAGCCCUGCAUCCUCCACUGUUGUCUGGUGUAGAUAUUUUUUUCUGUCCCUCUCUAAAUUGCUUUUCCCUCUGUAUUUGUUUUGUGUUUAAAUAGUCAUAUUCUUUCAAAUAAGAUCCACUUCCCCUCUCUGCCAUUUCACUUACUGUUAUGGUAAAGAGACUUUUAUUUAACAGCACCCAGAUGUUUCCACUCAUUAGAUCUUUCAUCAACUUAAUGCAAACCAGUUGUGGAUGUGUGCUUAUUGGAAAGCAGAUGUCAAAACCAGAAGAGCCAAAAGCAUCCCCAAAAGAGUCAAAACAAUUUGGAGUUUCAGGUAAAGGGCAAAAUCCCCCGGUGGUCAAGUUUAUCUUGCGAUUUGCGGUUCACACCUGAGACUGCAUGUGAACAACUGCAUUGGGGUCGGGGGUGGGUAGCAAAUUUGUGAGAAUGAAAUGGAAGAGAAGGCGGGCUUUGAAAGAGGAGAUAGCUUCAUUAAUACAUAUGUUUAAAACACUGAAAGUCUGAUGUGAUUGCAGUUUAAGAUUGAAAGUUUGAUGUGAUUGCAGUUUAAGAUUAAAGCCACAGCUACCGUUUAUUCUGAGGACCAUGGGCCACUGAGUGUUAGCACACGUACUUAUGUCUUCUCUUUAGUAAUCUGGCUCAGAUCCUCAAGGGCCACAGGACAAAUCCUUCAUUUUAUUGUGAAUCUCGACACACUACACACCUUCUAUUGAUAUGAUAACCAGUUCAGCUAAGGAGCAUGUAGGUGACUUUACAUUUAAACAAACAAGAGCUUUUUCUCUUGAGAAUUGAUAAGUAUUCACUCCUUUAAGACUAUGCAGACAGGCAAGUUAGAUUCCUGCUGGUGGAGUGCAUCCCAUAGUAUGGCAAUCAUUUUCAAUUCUCCAAUGAAAAGGCAGUGAAGGAAUUAACUCUUUUGUCCUCCCAUUAUUAAAAACAAAAACAAAACAGAAAAAUAUCUUACUUUGUUCACUUGUACUUUGACUGUCUCCUCUAUGAUUUCUACCUUCAGCUUCUAAAAGCGAGUCUUCUACCGUCUCCUCCUAUGAAACUUUUGAAUUUCUCCAUAGAAUUCAUUCUGCAAACACUGCUUCCUGUCUUAAUUGACUUGCUCUUGUCAGAUUUCUUCCCUUCCAUUCCACACUGUAUCAAUCUCUUCCUCCUUGCCAGAAAAGGAAAGAGACAUUAUAUCAACUCCUCAAGGACUACCUUUAGUGAGUUAGUUUUCUGCCUGUGAAAUUAGGCGUGACUCUUAAAUAAUUUUGAAGACUCACCAGCACUUCUGUCUGGACAGUGAUGCCUCUCUGCUCAAGCCAGUUAGACGCUUUCAGAGGAAAUCAGUUUAACUCUUGUGAGGGGAAGAAGGGGACUCUGUUGCUCUCUUCCCUGGGAAUCUGGAGUUUGAAAAGUAUCCGUUAGCCGCGUACAAACCAUUUUAAGUCAGGGCAGCACUCCGCUCUGAUUUGGCUGCUCCAGGCAGUUUUCAGACAAGAACCAUUUUCCCUGGGGAGCACUCUUCCUUCUAAGGGGUGCCAAGGAAUAGAAGGCAAGUGCCUAGAAGACCUUUAGGUUGCAGGGCAGUCUUCUCAUGGAAUGUCUUCUCCUGGCCCUGCUCCUUCCCAUUCUGUCCUGUGAAUUAGCCAAACAAGAGGCUGCUACCAUGGCUAGUACACAGUGGCAACAUGGUCAUUCCCAAGCUGCCAAUCUUCUCCUGCAUCUGUCGUAGUUAUCACGGUGGAUGCAAAUACAGUGUGUGUGGAGUGAUUGUAGAUGGUGCUUCCUUCCUCUCCGUUGCACUGAAUCACACAAAAACAAACCAUCACAUGGAUUUCUUGUUUGGGGUACUUGCUUUUACUUUAUCCCUCUAUUCCCAGCUUUUCCUGUGUCCAUUUUACCAACUGGUCAGACUGAAGACUUAAUUAUGUUAUGUCACGUUAAUGCCUCUCUUUCAGGUGAAAGUGUGGGUUAAGGGUACCUGUGAAGUGACCAUGAAAAGCAGUCUGGGAGCCUUUGCCCCCUUCUCUUUUCACUCACUGACCCUUCCACCCCUUGUCAUUACCCGUUCUUGAAUUGAUCUUUUUGAGAUGAGGGAACAGGAUUCUCCUCAGGGUAAAGUUUCAGGAAAUGAGUGAAAGGCAGCUGACAAGUAUUCUACUUUUUAAACUGCUGUCAAGGCUACUGUUAAUCUCUGGGCACAAUGGUAGUUUUUAUUGUCAUGUCUGUACAUUAGCUUCAGGUCCUUUAGGAAAUGGAAAGUUACUCUGCCUGAUGAAUAAAUUAAGCUGGUCUUUUGGCUU